AAUUGUUAUGCAGUGAGAGGACCGUAACAAAUAUCAGUACUAUUUUAGACACUACUUUUUCUUGAUACAAAAAUGAAUUUCAUUAGGACAGUACCAUUCGUUCCACAAAUGACAAGAUUGAGUUCGACAGCCAAUGUUGAAUUCGUAAAUCGAAAUCCAAGAAAUUUAGAACGGAUGCGAAUAGCCAGAAAACCGGAUGGAUAUCACUUAGAGAAACCUGGAAGGAAAUAUUGGCACAAAUUAAUUUUGACACCUGGAAACCGUUCAAUAAUAGCCAAAGUAAUUCAUUUUCUCAAUGGCCCUGUUGUGGAGGUGAAGACUUCAGAGUGGGCAUUACAGAAACAAUUAUACAGCCCCACAGAUACCUGUGCGUACAUCAGCCUUGGGAAAGUUUUGGCACAAAGAUGCUUAGAAUUUGGAAUUACUGAAAUGUACUGUGAUCUAGAGCCUCAAAAGGGCGGGAAAGCUGAGAAAUUCUUAGAGGAAGUGGUGAAGGGAGGAAUUACACUACAAGAGCCAGAAGUAUAUAAAAAACCAAACCCUUGGGAUCAGUUCAGGCCUGAAAAGCCAUGGGAAGUUCAUGAUGAAUAAGAUAUUUAUUAUUUUAAUUAGUUCUAGAUAAUAAUUUGCUAGUUUUAGCCUUGUUAAUUGUAGGAUUGAAUUAAUAAAAUAAGAAAUUUCAAUUUCGCACCUUUCAAAUUUUGUAGAACAAAUCAGUAACCUUUCUGUAACAUUACUUGUAGUUUUAGUUAAUAUUUAUUUAGAUUAUAAAGAUAUGAGUUGUUUUCAAUAAUUUAUUUGAUAAUUAAUCAAUGUUUGGAAAUGGUGAAGGGUUGGGAGAAUUAGUUACUAAGUGCAUAUAUUAUGUGAAUCCACAAUACUAACA